CCUUUAAUUAUGACUUUUUUACGUUGGAUUAUAGACGAAUUUCAUGGUUUGUGGGAAAGUUUGCUGUUCGAUUCAGAUGUUAAGCACCAGGUUGGUUGCAUUGGGAACUUCGGCUAGUUCCUCGGGUAGAGGAGAACUGAUCACCUGAUCGGCUAGUUGUGUUGUUUGUCGCGACAGAUAUAACCCAAUCCCUAUCUCUAAUCCUAACCCUUACCCCAACCCUAACCCCAACACUAAUCACUAUAACUAACUGAUGACGUAAUCUGUGAUGCAAAUUAUUGCGGCAUGCGCGGUAUUUCAGGCAACAACAUUCUACAGAUUGUUUAAUUUCAAAUACCGGAAAAGUGUCGAUGGAUAUAGGAAUUCAACAACACACGGGUCUGCAAACAAGUUGUUACAAAUCUGUUCACAAGCUAAUGACAACACUGCACUUGUGUUCGCUCUGCAUGUUCCAAGUUGUUGUAACAAGUUUGGAACAAGCUGUUGACAGCUUGUAACAGACUUGGUGGCAUUAUCAGACUUACAAGGUUGUUCUAACAAGUCUGAUACAGUCAUGAUAUAACAAGAAUGUUACAAGGUCGACGAUACAAGGUUGUAACAAUAUUGUUACAUCACGACUGCAUCGGACUUGUUGGAACAACCUUGCAACUAGUCUGAUUAAUGUCAUCAACAAGGUUGAAUUACAGCUUAUUCCAAACUUGUUGACAACUUUGGCAAAACGUUUAACGGACAAAAUUUUGACUUUUCUGACUUUUGGCCAACGUGAAAAACCAGUACAGUGGCUACACUGUAUAACAAAAUUUGAUCGGGGAAAAAACAAAUCAAAAUCAAGUUAGAUAGGUUAUGGAACAUUUUUGAUUAAAAGGGAUAUAGGGUAGUAACGCUAAUGUCUUCGUAAUGACAAAACUGCGGAUUAAUAGCGAUACAGCUACUGUAUACCUGAAAAAUAUCAGUAAGCAGAACUUCAAACGUUUUGAAGUUCUACUAUCAAUCCGCUGCAGUUUUCUGGAUUGGAAGGGGCCAAUUUAAAAUCUCAUGUUUGAAUAUUUUCUUUUCUAUAUAGCUGUUGCAAUAUGCUGCCACAACGUUACUUUUUUCUGACAGGUUUGCAUACGUGAAACAAUUACGAGGCAAUUUUUGCUACCCAACGUGCAAUUUCUGACAUAAAUCCAUGUUUUCUAAAAAGCAGUCGAUCAUUUUGGAUGAACCAUGACUCUAUGUCAGAAAUCAGUGCAUUCAAGUUGAAGAAAAAAAUGCCUCGUGUAACAUAUGACGUUAACAUUGUGUUAUACUAAAGUCUCAAACAUGUAUUACCGUAACAUUCAACGCCUGUACUAGAAAAUUGUCUUAGAUGUGCUGUGUUAAAACAGAAUUUUUCGUGAGCAAACUUAAAUCUGUUGUCUUAUUUGUUUUGAUGUACUAUAUAGUCAUCAGAAUUCUAUGUCGUUGUAUAAUAGUCUGCAGAAUCAGAAUUUGCAUUUCAAAUGUUCCUCCCAAAGGCAACUCUGUAUUGUUUUGUAUAACAGGAUUUCAACUCUUAUUUGUUUUGUAUUGUAUGAGGUAUGAACAACUGAAUUGUAGUACUGGUUAAUACUUUACAUUGUACCCAUGAUUUCAUUUGUUCAUACCCCUAUAGGAAGUACUGAAAAUAGUCAUGUUUAAUGUUAUUGUUGUUGUGUCUAUAGAGUUUAGGAGGACCAGAUUGGAAAAAAGCUGUAACUUUAUCUGUUUAUCCUCAAUAAAUAGAGCGGUGUUAUUAUUAUUAUUGUAAAUGCAUUUUGUAAAUGAUCAAACUUUGGCCGAACUUCAAGCGAAAUAGUUUUAGGCCUGGGGAGAUCUGGGUACGAGAUUAUUGGGGGAGAUCCCAAAUAUAAAACCUGUUAUAUACAAAACAAUACAGAGUACAAAACAAUACAGCGUUGCCUGCGGAGGAGGCUAGGGUAUUUGAGCUCUCAAUAACAUAAAGUGAAAAUAAAUUAUUUCUAUAGAGGAGUGGAUAACAAUAUUAUAUCCUGGAACAAAGUUGUCUUGCUUCACGGUUAGUUGGAAAUAAUACUAUACAUAAAUAAAAUUACCUCGUUUAUCUUCAUAAUUUACUUAAUUCACAAACUCUAUGUAUUUUUCAGGUCCUCCUGGUACGGGGAAAACCUCGUUAUGUAAAGCCCUGGCACAAAAAUUGUCGAUACGACUAUCAGACAGGUGAUUUUACACAUGCAGUGGCAUGCAUGUGCAUAGUGCUCAACCUCAGAUUAUUGAGUCCCUAGAACUAUUCAUGGAUCCCUAGGGGUCAGGUGAUCUCGUGUUCGUAUUUUAGCCAAUCAGCGCUCAGAAAGGGUUGUCCGAAUAGAAAUCCAUUUUGAUGUAUUCAGUCAAUUAUAUCUUUCGUUAUUCUUUAUGAAACUAGUUGAAAUUUUGUAAUUAUGUUUGCAUAUGAGAACUAUAUAUAGCUCUGACAAAAAUAUGGAAUCGAAAUAAAGUAUAUUACAGGAGAUAUUCAGUUGUUUUAAUCAUAAAAUGGAUUUCUAUUUGACAACUAGUGCCAGUACUUUUCCGCGUAUCAAGAUCAUCUGGUAGAAUGAUCCCUGAAACUAUUCAUGGGUCCCUACCUAGCCCACCGACAAUAGGCAAUUCCAGCUUUCGGUUUAUGCGUGCAGGGGAUGAUGGGAAGUAAGGUAUCACAUUGCUGAUUAUGCUGAAAAAUUUCAAUAAAAACUACCGAAACAACCGAAAUAUUUCAAUAUUUACAAGUAUAAGCAAUUUUAUUUUUUCAGCAUAAUCAGCAAUAUGAUACCUUACUUCCCAUCAUCCCCUGCACGCAUAAACUAAAAGCUGGAAUUGCCUAUUGAGUGAUCCCACUUUUUACAGUAGAUGACCCUGGGGACGAGGUUCAUGACCACCAUAUAUGUGCUGUAUACUGUCUCACUAAUUUGUCUCACCAAUGAAACUCGCUUAAUAUGGACGAUUUUGAUUUGUUGUAAUUAUAUAACAGAUUUAAUUUUUUUAAAUAUUUUAUUAAUAUGUUCUUUUUUGUAUAGAUUUUCCUACGGUCAACUGAUAGAGAUCAAUAGUCACAGUUUGUUUUCAAAAUGGUUUUCCGAGGUACGUUUUGCAAAGGAAGUAGAUGCAUGGGUGUUCGUAACUCAAUUUUCUCGUUAAUAAAUACUUGGCUGAGUGCAUUCUCACGCCAUACGUACUGCUCUUGUACAACCUAGACUUGCCCCUAUCCAGUCUGUUAUGAGACCAGUUUCAUUUUAAUGGGUCUAUCUAGUUUAUCACGAGUCAGUUCUGAUCAAAAACUAGAUAGAACCAUAAAAAAUGAAGACAAUUUGAGCGAAACUUGGAAGAAGUCUAUAACAAUAGACCUUAUGCAUAAUGACGUCACAAGGCUUGAUGCCCGCGAGGAAUGCUGGUCUUAGUAGUCAUCGCCCGGGAAAAUUAAACAAUUCAAAAUGGCCACUAUCGAAAUUUUCCCAGGCGAUGACUACUAAGACCAGCAUUCCUCGCGGGCAUCAAGCCUUGUGACGUCAUUAUGCAUAAGGUCUAUUAUCGGGAAAAACCUGACGGCUUACACUAUCAAAGUUUCUGUGAUCACAGUGGGAAUUUUGCAUAGGUAAAUUCCAAGUUUUGAAAGAUUUGUAAGACAUGUUUGAGGGAACUAACUUAGUAUUAAACACUCAGUCAGUUCCCCGAAACAUUUCCUAUACAAAUCCUUCAAAACUUAGAAUUUACCUAUGCAAAAUUCCUACUGUGAUCACAGAAACUCUGAUACUAGUGUAAACCAGCCCUUAAGACAUUCGUAUCAUAGCAUUGGUACAGGUCUACUGCAGGUUUGUUACAAGUUGUGCGUUUUUACGUGUGUAUACUAAUUGUUUAGAGCGGUAAAUUAGUGAUGAAAAUGUUCCAAAAAAUUCAAGAAUUGAUUGAAGACAACCAAGCCUUGGUUUGCGUUCUUAUUGAUGAGGUAAAUAUAAUGACUUAUAGCUUCCCUAAAUUUUGGACUUUCCCCAUGCAGUAAGCACGUGCUCUGCUACGAUUUCAGAUCGUGUUAGCCCGAUAAUAUCGCAAGAUUAUGGUAUUUUCAAUUAAAAAAAGGUUUUAUGAGUGAAACUAAUGAAGACUAGUUAUCACGAUUAAACUAUAGUCUAUGAUUAUCAUCCAUUGUUUACAGGUUGAAAGUUUAACAGCUGCGCGAAAAUCUGCGUUAAAUGGUCAGGAACCGUCUGAUGCUAUCCGUGUCGUGAACGCUUUUUUAACGCAAAUUGACCAAAUAAAAAGGUAACUUCUGCAGCUCAGUUGUACAAUACACAUGUUUAUUUAUAUGAAUAUAAUUUGCAUAAAUUGCUUCCGUCUGAUUUUCAGCCAUUUUUGGGGGAAAAGCAAUAGUUAUUGCUCAGAGCAGUCUGAGCAAUAGGUAUAACUAUUGCCUCAGAGCUCAGGGAGUCAAUAGAAUGCUAAAAGGCCAUUUUUCAAUACUGAAAUUACUGAUAUUAAAGCCAAAUAGAGCUUGAUACAUGUGGUCAUAUUUACUAAACUUGUGAAGUAUAUAGAUGCUCCAUGUAGAAAUGUUCGGUAUGAGAAAUUUCCGGUAUCGGUAUACCGAAAAAAUUAUACCGAUAUUAUCGGUAUACCGGUUUUCCUUUGAUAAUUAUAAAGGAAAAUUCUUUAAUGGGAAUUUGAAGGAAAUUUUGAGUAAUUCUAAAAGGGAAAACGAUAAUUUCGAAGCUGUUUCGAACAUGUACUCAGUGUAAAAUCUCACCGAAGUGGAAAUUCUAAAUCAUUGCAGUAGAAAGUUCUCUGAAUUGCCAUUCAGUGGUAAAAUAAAGGUUAUGGUUUCGCCUUAUAGUUGGUAAAUUUAACACGAUAUACCGAAAAAUUCCGGUAUAUCGGCAAUUUCGGUAUAUCGGUAUGGUUGAAUAUCCGGUAUCGAUAUACCGAUAUUGAUUUAAUACCGAUAUUUUCGGUAUAUCGGUGCACCGAAUAGUCCUAGCCCCAUGUACCAACCAAGUUUUACUUGGCCUGUUGUUUCAAUUUAGAUAUCCAAACGUCAUUAUUCUAACGACUUCGAAUAUUACUGGUGCAAUAGACUUGGCUUUUGUUGACAGGUUAGAGGUUUGAAACAAGAAUAGCAUGGAGAUUGGAGUGUCCACGUGUGUAUUUUAUCCGGUGUGUAGAAUCGAAUAUUUCCCUGAAUAUAUAAUUUGAUGUUUGUAUUUUUUGUUUUCAGAGCUGAUAUCAAGCAGUAUAUUGGACCACCGUCACCGAAAGCAAUUUAUAAAAUUUACCAUUCUUGUAUUAAAGAACUCGUAAGAGUAAGUACGUUGUGAAAAAACUAUGUAAUAGUGUAGUAUAGGUUUCCCCACUUUUCUGUGUUUUUUGUAUUAUUUUUUCGUCGAGAAAAAAUGUGCACGCGCACCAUUUUAUGACAACCUGCUGGACAAAACUGAAGAUUAUGCCCCAUGUAUUUAAUGGAAUGACCCAGUUUUUGCUAUAACGAUCUAUUAUAUUUUCUUUAUUUAGACGAGCAUUAUUUCACCAGCGACUCAGAUAUUAGAUCUAAGGUAUUUAGAAACUUGUUAGCACUGUAUACUAGUUAUAUUAUUCCUCUUUUUAAUCCAUUAUUCUCUCCUUGGCGUAUAAAAUCGUCUAGCGUUAGACAGAGUAAAACAACAAAGUAGGGCUCAUUUGGGCGUAUUGCUGCUUUAUGGGUUAAUGUAGAUCUACUCUAAUCUUUCUUUUUCAUUUUUUCUCUUUUUCUUGGAAUAAUUUCAUUAUGAAGAGCUCUGGAGGUAUUAAGGUCAGUAGAUACUUGAACUCAGCUUUUUUAUAUUUUAAAAAGCAAAAAGCAUAUAUCUACCGUAAGUCUGACCUGUAUUGUCAGGUGUAGUUCCUCCAUGAGUUUCCUCCCACAGUGAAUGUUGACAGGUGUGAGUUGGGACAAUCCCUAACUCACCCUUCCACCGCAGCUGUGCUCCGUGAUCAGACAUGAGUGAUAAGGUGGCUCUCAUGCAGAGGCGCCCUUAAGGCGGUUUUCCACUAGGGGAAAUUUUUCUACCGAAUCGAGAUUUUCUUUUGUCUUACAAGCACUCAGAACAAUAGAAAUUUCGGUUCAAUCGAAAAAUUUCGUCUAGUGGAAAACCGCCCUUCAGAAAGCCUUCGACUCGACUAUAUCGAGAUGCAUCCUUCGCAAUUUAUGAUCAGCUUACCUGUCAGGCUCUCAGCUGCAAGCAAGGAUGAUGCAAUGCAAGACACCCUCACUUUCUCAUGCGCCUACUCAUGAUUAGAAUUUGUUUCAACAGCAUUUUAUACCAAUAAUUUCUCUGUUAGGUUUGUUGACAAUGAUGUCACACAUUGCAGUCUGAAAUUGAAGAAAAUUGCUGAGUAAGUAGAAUGAAAGGAGACUAAUUUAUUAAUUGUAUAAUUUAGUAUUUGCAUGUAGUUUGGUUGCAUGAUUAUAUUAUUUUGAUUUCUGCAGUAAAAGUUUCCAGUUAAGUGGUCGAACUCUACGAAAAUUGCCUUUUCUUGCUCACGCUCUUUAUUCGCAAGUAAGUUGUAAGUACUAAUAACGUAAUAAAUGGUUGAGAAUUGACGAUGAAAUAGCUACUCAAAUAGGUGUUUGUGGCAUGCAGAAACAGAUUUUGGCAGAUGUGUCGUUCACCUCUGUGUGCAUUUUUCAAUUCAUGCAACACACAAUGGUCUUACUAAAAUUUCGCCUCAGUUACAUCAGUAAUUAUGAUAAGGCCAAAAAAAAUAUGUGGGUUUCCGGUUUCCCCGACCCUACCUAGCUUUUGGACGUCGAAAUCCCGACCCUAAACUUUUUUAUUGGAUUAUGCUUGUAAGUGUUUCCACUUAGAGGAAAAAGUUUGUGGAAAAUUGAAAUUUGAGGCAAUAUUAAGGAAAUUUAUCCUUGUAUGUGGAAGCACUGACUAAACAAAAUGACGUCAGCUUGUUCGGAAAAUUAAAAAAAAAAGUUUAAAAAAAAAGUUAAAACCGACCUACCCUACCUAAGUUUUUAUAAGAAGAAACCGGAAACCCACAUAUUUUUUUUUUGCCUAAGAAUGUUUCUAGUUUGACUCCACCAAACAGCGCAGGUUUCCUUCGGCUACUGCAGUAGUUCCUUACUGUUGAUAACAUCAACGAGGUAUGGCCCUUCGAUGGUGCAAUCGUCAGAGCAAGGCAGCAAGUACCUUUCACGUAUGAGACGUGAGUUCGAUUCUCGCUGUGGCCUCAUUACACUUCUGUGAAAAAUGUCACUCGACCCUCUACUAGCCUGCGUGUCAGGCUAACGCUCUACCGAAAGUCGUGGUUCUCUCCGAGUACUCUUGUUUCCUUCCACGGGGAAUGUUAAUGACGUCACAAGGCUUGAUGCAUAAUGACGUCACAAGGCUUGAUACCCGCGAGGAAUGCUGAUUUUAGUAGUCAUCGCUUGGGAAAAUUUCGAUAGUGGCCAUUUUGAAUUGUUUAAUUUUCGUGGACGAUGACUACUAAGACCAGCGUUUCUCGCGGGCAUCAAGCCUUGUGACGCCAUUACGCAUAAGGUCUAUUGGGAUAAUAAGCGCCAAACUGACCCUUCCAGCAUAGCUGUGCUCCGUUGCUUCUAUGAUGGCACACCCCAACUUACUGUACCUAUUCCUCCUGCAUUUCUAGAAAGAACGGUUUAAAUCCGAGAGAGCUACCCAGUCUCUGCAUGUAUAAAUAGAGUUAGCUUAGAUUUUCUUUGGAGUAACACUAGACCAAUACAUGUGGCUCCUUUUGAACCUUUAAGUCUAAUCUUGGGAGAACAGUUUCGAUCUCGUAUAGACGAAGAGCAACGCUCUUCAAUUCCGAUUCAAUAAUGUUUUAUUUGUAUUUCUUUCUUCAAGUCUCAGACAAUAUGUUUGGAGGAAUUUCUGGAUUAUCUUUCGGUCGUGGUUGACAAACAAUUUGAAGAGAAAGGUAAUUUAUGUGCCGUGGACGAGGAGAAGAAACAGGUAUCUAAUGGACCAAUGUAAUGGUUAAUGGUGUCAUAAACAGAUACGCAAUAAUGGUCGGAGUUUUGAUAACUCGUAUUAGCAUAUACAGCGACAAGGGGAAAAAACCAUCGCAAACUGUAAAGUUAUAUGUAUAUAUAAAAAUGUAAUGAAUAAUUUUAUAGUUUUGAACAUUUUAUAUUACAAAAAGAAAGCAUUAGAAGCACUCUCGUCUGUGACAAGUAACUGCUUUUUUCUCCAAACUUGGUCAUCAAUAGAAAUUGGGGGAUCGUCCAUCGUCGUCGUAGGGCGUCCCACUCCAAGGACGCCCUUCUGGCUAAAGGCCGGUUUCCAUUGUCAUAUCUUAACGAGUUCGGUGAC